UUCAGUACUUAAAAUAAUUAAGAACGUUAAUGCACAGGGUCGACGGGUCGAGGAUAUUAUAGAAAAUGGCAGCGCACAUAAGUAAAGUUCCAUCGUUGAAGCGGUUCAUUUUGAGGCAGCAGACACUGAAACUGUACAGGGACAUACUGCGAGCAGUUCGUGAAGUGCCAGAUGAGGCUCAAAGGAAAGAACUACAAAUGUGGGCAAGGCAUGAUUUUGAAGCCAAUAGGAAUCUAAAGGAUGAGGACUUCAUCAAAAUGCAAAUUGCAAGAGGAAGGCUAGCACUGAAAGAACUUCUAUCAACGCUGCACCUCUCCAAGUAGUUGGUCCUAUCGUUGUGCCAUGUAAAGAUAUUUUUAGAAAUGUGUGGAGAUAUGGAACUCGGGAUAAUGGGACACGCUGUGUGUAAGACACAUAUUUCAAGACCUUGUAAGAGUGUUAAAGGCGUAAAGUCAUUCAUACCAGAUGAUCCAGAGGUGCUAACCAUCUCAUGUAUAGUUGAAUCUAGGAAUAGUUAGUCGUAUACAGUGUACGUGAUGUACAUGUACAGGCAUAAGAAUUGUUGUACAUAAUGAUGUUUUCUAUGUUUCGGUUUGUUCUAACUGUCACUGAGAGUCCGCAUAAUAGAGUACUGUGUCCCAUUGCAGGUUUUCACACACCCUUUACGAUGCCUUGAUAUGUUGACGAUAGCUUGAUGUCGCUGUAGUGCAAUGGUCGCGCACCUGGUGGGCGGUGAGAGAGGUGUAUGUUGGAUUUCCGCCACCAACACCCGACGACUUUUUGUCAGUUGCAGUCCGUGGAAACACCCUUUUGUGGUUGUCAGCACUACACACACAGGUUUUGACAUCUGUGAAAUGACGUGUUACGCUUCCCAUUCGGGCGUCCAUAGCUUUUUGCUUUCCUUUUGUCAUAUAUUAUGUACAAGACUAACCAUAAAUUAAUCUAUCUAGUUGUAACUUUUGAUAAAAUUUCUCAAAGGUAGACAAUGACAAGGGUGGUGUUCCGAAAUGUGUUUUUUUUAUUGAAAGGAAGUGGCCUCUUUAUCUCAAAUGAAAUGCUAGUAGGCAGCUAUUUUGGUCACCAAUUUCUGUGUGCCACCUACUUGGUUGCAAAUGGCUCAAAAUACAUUAUUCUAGUUUAUGAGUGUGGUCUGAUGUGAAUUCAUAAAUAAAUACUGUGGUCACAAUC